UACUAUGACUGGGGCUGAAGUUGAGCCUGUUGCCCAGGCCAAGCCUGAAAAGAAGCCUGGAGAAGAGGUUGUGGGUGGGGCUGAGAGAGAGAAUGAAGUCCCAAUGGUGGUCAGACCUAAGGUUAGGAACCAGGCAACAUCUGGGGCAAGGUCCAAAACUGAGUCCAAGGCAAUGGCUGGGGCAAGGCCUAAAACUGAGUCACAGACAAUGGCUGGAGCAAGGCCCAGAACGGAGUCGCAGCCAAUGGCUGGGGCAAGGCCUAAAACUGAAUUCCAGGCAAUGCCAGGAGCAAGGCCCAAAACUGAGGCCAGGGCAGUAGGCAGGGCACGUCCUAAGACUGAAGCCAAGGCAAUCCCUGGAGCAAGACCCAAAGAUGAAGCCCAAGUUUGGGCUCAGACUGAGUUUGGGGCUGAGGCAAUGUUGCAAUCAGAGGGCAUGCCCCAAACCAGUGUAGUAGCCUGGCCAUUGGUCAAUACUGAGUCUGGGUCAGUCACUAAACCUAUGGCCCUAUCUGUGGAUAGGGAACUGGUCAAUGUGGACAGUGAGACCUUUCCUAGCUCCCAGGUUCAGACAGGAAUCCAACCCUGGUUUGGGUCUGGGGAGGAAACUAGUAUGGGGUCUUGGUGCUAUCCCAGGGCUAAGGCCAGAGAGGAGGCUUCUAGUGAGUCUGGAUUCUGGUCAGCAGAUGAGACCUCUACAAUGUCUUCUUUUUGGGCUGGGGAAGAGGCCAGUAUCAGAUCAUGGCCUAGGGAAGAGGCCAAUACCAGGUCUAGGCACAGGGCCAAACAUCAGCCUAAUCCCAGAUCCAGGCCCAGAUCCAAGCAAGAUCCCUUUAUUGAUUCCUGGUCUGGGUCUGAGGAGGAGUCUGGCAACCCAUUCUGCUUGUGGGCUGGAGAAAAUACCAAUAACUUGUUCAGGUCCAGAGUCAGGGAUGAGGCAAAUAUGAGAUCCAAGCUCCGGACAAAAAGAGAGGACUUUUUUGAAUCUGAGUCUGAAGACGAGUACUAUAAGGAAUCUUGGUUUUUGCCUGAAGAAGAGGCCAAUAGUAGAUUCAGACCCAGAGACAAGGAAGCACCUAAUACUGUAUUGAAGCCCAGGACCCAGAAAGUUGUUAAUAACAGUGACAGGGUCAAACAAGAAACCAGGUUUGAGGAGGAAGUCAUUAUUGGGUCCUGGUUCUGGGCAGAAAAAGAGGCCAGUAUGGAGGCUGGAGCUUCAGCCAUCUGUGAAUCUGAGGCAGGGGCUGAGGAGGGGGCCAUUGGUGGAUCGUUGUUCUGGACUGAGGAAAAUUCCAGUUUGGGAGCUGUGGCCAGAGAAGAGACCAGACCAGAGUCUGAAGAAGAGGCCAUAUUUGGGUCCUGGUUCUGGGACAGGGAUGAGGCCUGCUUUGACUUAAAUCCUCGUCCUGUGUACAAGGCUAGUCCCAGGUUCAGAGAUGGAGCCGAGGAGGAAGUUAAUGUAUCAUCCAGGCCCAAAACCUGGGAAGAGGUCACUGUCGAAUUCAAACCUGGUCCUUGUCAUGGGGUUGGCUUCCCAUCCCCAAGCCCCUUUAGAAUUCCUGAAGAAGCAACAACAUCUGUAUACACCGAACUAUUUGAGGGAAAGCCCAAGAAUGUGGAAGUUACCCCAGAAGGGGAAGAGCAGGAAUCUUUGCUUCAGUCUGAUCAGCCUGACUCUGAGUUCCCAUUUCAAUAUGAUCCAUCCUACCGGUCAGUCAGGGAAAUUCGGGAGCAUCUUAGGGCCAAGGAGAGUGCACAGCCUGAGAGUUGGUCCUGCAGCUGCAUACAGUGUGAGCUUAAAAUUGGUCCUGAAGAGUUUGAAGAACUCCUCUUAUUAAUGGACAAAAUUCGAGAUCCUUUUAUUCAUGAAAUAUCUAAGAUUGCAAUGGGUAUGAGAACUGCUUCUCAAUUUACUCGUGAUUUCAUUCGCGAUUCAGGUGUUGUCUCACUUAUUGAAACCUUACUCAAUUAUCCCUCCUCCCGAGUUAGGACAAGUUUUCUGGAAAAUAUGAUUCACAUGGCUCCACCUUACCCAAAUCUGAACAUGAUUGAGACAUUUGUGUGUCAAGUGUGUGAGGAAACCCUUGCUCAUAGCGUGGGUUCCCCUGAGCAGGUGCUUGGGUUAAGGAUGCUUAGACACCUCACCUCAACUACUGACUAUCACACACUGGUUUCCAAUUAUAUGUCUGGAUUUCUUUCCUUAUUAACCACAGGCAAUGCAAGAACAAAGUUUCACAUUCUGAAAAUGCUAUUGAAUUUGUCUGAAAAUCCCAUGGUGGCAAAAAAACUGUUUAGUGCCAAGGCUCUAUCAAUAUUUGUGGGUCUCUUUAACAUAGAAGAGACAAAUGAUAACAUUCAAAUUGUUAUUAAAAUGUUUCAGAAUAUCAGUAAUAUUAUCAAAAAUGGAACAAUGGCCUUAAUUGAUGAUGAUUUCAGUCUUGAGCCACUUAUUUCUGCAUUCCAUGAAUUUGAGAAGUUGGCUGAGGAACUGCAAGUCCAAAUAAACAAUCAAAGUGAUCCUGAGGUAGGACAGCAAAGCUAAUAUGACUAUCCACCUGCCUCUGAUCAGCCUUAUGUUCCCAAAGAACCCUGAGUAGUGCUUUGGUUUUCAGUCUGGUUUUUUAUUGUAACUUAUACUUUAAUUCUGAUGUUAACUUUGUCCAAUUCUUUGUUUGAGCUGGAUCAUUUUGUGGAUGCCAAAUGAUUAUUAGUGCUGAAAAAAUUUGUCGAUAUUUAUCUUGCUGUCCAGAUUGCUGUAUUUUUCAGUAUUGAGCUUCUAAUGAACUGAGCCGCCUGUGUAAGUUACUCUGCUAUUCAUUGUUUAAACAUAUUGUUCUCUAUUUGAGUCAGUGUUUUAAAUAAAGUUCUGUGUGAAAAGUG